CAGCACUGACAGCGCUUUAAUGGACCCCUGCAGUAUAAACUGUGUUAUAAUGGGCUUAGUGAAAUAUGUAUACAUUCACACUAAUGCACGGUGGACAUUCCUGGCAUAGCCCCAGUGGCUGUUAAAAUGCAAUGAGGUGAGACUGGUGUUUCUGCCUGGGAAUCCGUGGUCUCCGACUCCAUUAGAGUGACAGUGAGCAGACGCAGUGAGGAGGUGAGAUAGCGCAGGCUCGCGGUGGAGAGGGACCGGUCUGCUGAGAGAAGCCCAGCGAGACCAGCAACCCCCACAAACCUUGACCUUCCCGUCUCGGCCUCCCCUCAGACAACAAACAGUCUAACAGGAUUAUCGUGUUUAUUGCCGCUCUCGAGAGCACGGACGCUUGAUUAAGCUGCAGCGCGGCGUUUCAGCAGGUUGUCAAGACAGAAACAGAAGCAUUCGCUUGGAGCAAUGCUUUUUGUCACUGAUUUAUGAGUCAUUAUAAUCUCCAUACAAACAGUCAGAGCAUUGUUUUCAUGAUCAAUUACUUUUUUAUUAGUCCUAAGAGAUCCUCCAAACUGAGCAGCUGCCUUCACGCAGAUGUUUGAUGUCUUCGUUAACUUUAGCAGGUUUUGUGGGUUCAUAAACAGAAGUCGGACCCGCUGGCGGUGCUGCUUUCACAGGCCCAGUAAGUGACUAGAAUUCAUCAUACAGAACAUGAAGAAAACCUUUACCGCAAUAAUUAACGGACAAGUAUUCAUGGAAAAGUGAAAGGUUUGAGGCCAAAGCAGCCUCUCGCUCAAACACAGGACACUGUUACUCAUCACCAUUACUAUCUCAGAAUGUCCUGAAUCGCAUUACAUCAUCGCCUGUAAAAAAAAAAAAAAAAAAAGCAAGCGCUCGCCGCUUUUGACUCUAUAUCAAGACUCCUAUUAAGUCUUCGUGCACUCCCACCACGGCCGUGAAUCACGGGUGGGGAAGCUGUCGGCCAUCUUGGAGAGGCCGCGUGAAGCCGUGGGUAGGUCUGAAGGGCGCCUCUGAUUUAUGGCGCCGGCGGUGAGCUGUAGUUGGAGGAAUGUAUUGUUCCUGAGCAGCCAAGCCUACGAGUGGGUUUUAUGUUGUACUGUUGUGCCGCCGGCCCGCUGGCUGAUGCUGGACCGGCCCGGUCACGGCUUGUGUUGACUUAUAGAAAGCCCAGUGACCACUGGCGGAAAGGAUACGCUGCUCCCUGGUUGGCUCAUCAGUCCACCAUCAUCAUCCUCCCUCUGCUCCAUCCUCGGCUCCUGCUUCGUCCCUCUGUAGCUCAGCGUGGAGCUGGUCCUCACCAGCUCAGCAUUCACGCCUCCCGUCGCUGCUCCGUGCCCUGGUCCCGGCCUCGUCUGCCGUAAUCUCCUGAGCCAGGUCCACCAGAGCGGCCAGUGCUUGUGUGCGACGAGGGCUGUGUGUGGUAGCCUGGUACAGCCCUUUCUCAUGACUUGGGGACUAAUCCUCAUUAUAACAGCCCCCGAGCCUUUCUCACACUCACACACGCGUACACAACAUGCUUCUGCACAUAGGCACGCACGCGCAAACACACACACACACGCUCGUCACCCCUGCUCUGCGACUUUCGGGUCUGCGGAAGGAAGUCUUUCAGCCGGCGCAGGGAAACAUGUGAAAAUCCAGAGGAAUUGUCCUUCUCAUCUUUUUUUUCAGGCGCUUUCAGCUCAAGGACGUCACCAUGCUCUGGCUACGCGCAGGUCAUGAUAUUACCAGUUCUCUGGAGCCACCCAACAUCGACACCAGUAUCCUGGAAGAGUACAUCAGCAAGGAGGACGAUAGCACUGACAUCUGUUUUUCAGAGGUCCACAGCACCCCAGGAGCAAAUUAUUCAUCUCCCCAGGCAGGAGUGUCGUCCUCUGGGGGGCUGGUGUGCGGCGUGAGCCCCCCUAUUCCUCUACGCCAAGGACCCCUGCAGCCUGGGCCCCAUAGCUGUCAGAACGCCUACCCCCAAGGUCCGUCCCUGGGCCUCCGGCACAACUACCCCUGUGUGGGACCGCAGCAGCAGCAGCAGCAGCAGCAGCCGGCUCACGUCAAGACCGAUCACAGGGGCCACUACGCUCCAGGGACACUACCGGAGUCUCCUCCAGACUCCAGCUCAGAGCCGUACUCUCCUCAGCAGGUGAAUGAUCCUCAUAUGAUCAGGACCAUGACGCCAGAGAACAUGUGUCACAUGACUCCAACGCCUCCUCUCCCACCACACGGCCACUAUCCCAGCAUGCAUCAAGACAUGUACAUAAAGCCUGAGCCGAUGAUAACGCAGUACCCCAUGGGCCCAGCCACGAGCGGAGGUGGAGACAUGCAGCAGACACAGAUGCUCCAUCAGCUACUGCAGCAUCCUCAGGGGCCAGACAGCGUACCGGUUCACCAGGCCAAGAAGAGGAAGCACUCGGACUCUCCAAACAGCACCAUCAAUUCCCAAAUCCUCACAGGUUUAAUGCAGGAUGCAGAAAACAGCUACUUGGACCCAAACUAUCAGUGCAUCAAGUGGCAGCCGCACCAGCAGAACAAGUGGACACCUCUAUAUGACGCAAACUGCAAAGAGCUACCCAUGCCAACCUACCGAGUCGAUGCCGACAAGGGCUUCAACUUCUCCCUGGCUGACGACGCCUUCGUUUGUCAGAAGAAGAACCACUUCCAGGUCACGGUGUACGUCGGCAUGCUCGGCGACCCCAAGUACAUCAAGACCAGCGACGGCCUGCAGCCCAUCGACUGCUUCUACCUCAAACUCAACGGAGUGAAGGCGAGUGAGGGCAAAAGGGAGAACCCGGCAUCUACUGUGGAGGCCAUGAACCAGUCCAUCAGUGUGGAGCAGUCCCAGUCUGACCGCAGCAAAAGGCCCUUCAAGCCAGUGCUCGUCACCCUGCCGCCAGAGCAGGUGACAAAGGUCACGGUGGGGCGGCUCCACUUCAGCGAGACCACAGCAAAUAACAUGAGGAAGAAGGGGAAACCGAACCCUGACCAGAGGUAUUUCAUGCUGGUGGUGGCUCUGCACGCUCAGUCCCACAGUCAGAGCUACACUGUGGCUGCUCACGUGUCUGAGAGGAUCAUCGUCAGGGUAACGUCUGGCCAUGCAUCCAACCCAGGACAGUUUGAAAGCGACAACGAGGUCCUGUGGCAGCGCGGCCAAGUGCCGGACUCCGUCUACCACCACGGCAAAGUGGGCGUCAACACCGAUCGGCCGGACGAAGCCCUCGUCGUCCAUGGCAACCUGAAGGUCAUGGGCUGCCUGGUGCACCCGUCCGACAUCAGAGCUAAAGAAAAUGUCCAGGAGGUCGACACCACAGACAAUUUGAAACGGAUUUCUCAGAUGAGGCUCGUCCAUUAUCAUUACAAGCCUGAGUUUGCUGCCACCGUGGGCAUAGAGAACACAGCAGAGACGGGCGUGAUCGCUCAAGAAGUCCAGAAAAUCCUGCCUGAAGCAGUGAAGGAAGGCGGCGACGUGGUUUGCUCCAACGGAGAAACGAUUCCCAAUCUGUUAGUGGUCAACAAGGAGCGUAUCUUCAUGGAGAACGUGGGGGCCGUGAAGGAGCUGUGCAAGCUGACGGACAACCUGGAGACGCGCAUAGACGAGCUGGAGCGCUGGAGCCGCAAGCUGGCCAAGCUGCGGCGCUUCGACAGCAUGAAGAGCACGGUGAGCGGAGGCACCGUCAGCCAGUCGGGGAGUUAUUUCAGCAGGACGGGCAGCGGCCCGUUCAAAAAGAAGCCGGUCAAACCGGGGAGCAAGAGCUCGCCUCAGGAUCAAGGCUGCAUCAGUCAGAGGUUCAUGCAGGGGACCAUCCUGGCACUGGUCAUCGUCAUGGCGUUCAGCGUCAUUUCCAUGUCUGUUCUCUAUGUUCUGACGCUUCACCAUAGAGGAGACGCCUCGGAGAAAGACGGCUUUAGUUCUUCCUGUGUUCUCUACGUCUCUUGGACGCCCGUCUUCACGGCCGCUGUUACUUUCUGUCCACAUGUCGGCCCAUGGUCCCGAGCUGCGCUGGGAUCGUCUCGUAGUUCUCAGUAUAUUCCGGCGUCCACCAACACUGCACCCGCUUGCUGUUCAACCACUGCCAUCAACAACCAGUCUGCUACAGUUCUGACACCAAGUAACAACCAGUCUGCCCCAGAUUUAGGCAGCGCCUUUCCCACACCAGGCACUUUUAAUAAGAAGGGCAAGUCCAGGCAACUGGACAAGGACCACAGUAGAAACCGACUGAGUCACACUUCAUCACCGUUGUACUUUGCCAAGUCCAAAAAGCCGGCACCUACAGACCUGGACGGAGUGGGAUCCACCAAUCGGAUCCCGGGGGGUCAGCCAGUGCCACGGAGACAACGCAGCCUGAACACAAAGGGAGGAAGGUUGGCUCCCUCUCUGACGAGUCUACAUAUUGUGGAGACGAACCAAGAGAUUACGGUACAAAACUGUGCCACGUCCAAGCGCUGCAGCUACUCAGUAUCACUCCAGGGAUCAAGAAAUUCCUCCAUCUCACAAAUCACUUUGCACAUGAGGUCCACGCAGAGCAUGUGGGUUCGACAGUGUGGGGCCACCAGGGGCCGUUUAUGCCCCAACCACACAGAGGCGGCGCUCUAUGGGGAACAGAGUACGUCAACAAAGGGGACUCAUCACCUGUGGUCAGUGCCUGUAUUAUCUUUCCAGGACGUCACUUAUCAUUUCCGUGUCUCUCUGAAUAGUGAAGUGAGUUGUGCCACUGAAGGAGGAAGAUCAUCGUACUCAGACUACCAUUUCCUCAUACAAAAAAUGUGUGAAUGAGGAGGAAAACGACGAAUCCCAGCGCUUCAAUGUUUCUCCUCUGUGUGCUUUUGUCAUGGAAGGUUCUGUCUAAUUAUUGUACAUUAUUUUAAAUAGAUUUAAUACAAAACAAGCUACACACCACAUACAGUAGUUGCCAUAUGUAUAUGCAUUAAGUCUCCUCUGUGAUCACUGGAGUUUGAAACACUGUUUAAGUUAGUUUUUGUCCUUCAACCUGACGACUGUGUGAAACUGUUAACUAAAAUAACUCCAAUACGUAGCUCAUUUUGUUACUGAUCACUUUGUCUUCCAUAUAUAAUACAAGCCAUAAUUACUGUUUAGCGUAAUUCAACUUUUUAAAGAGAGCCAGGGUAAGUUAAUGUAGAUAAACUACACACCUUUGGUUUGUUUUUUAACACUAUGAAUCUCUCUCUACACUGGAAUCAGUGUCCACUGAAAACAAAACCACUUUUCAAUAGUUUUAUACACUGGAGAGAACAUUGGCUUCUGCUUUAGGCCUCAGUGAAUGGUUGCAGCUCACAGUGAAAAUAUACCUCAGAAGUGCACACUGGCAGAUCCUGGGUCUCCGCAGUGGAGCUUAGUGUUAUACAAGCUGAUGCACUUAACUAGACUGUUAACCGGUAAACUAGACUCCCACUGUCUCCAUUAGAGGACUGAACACUGUACACAGAGUAGAGCACUAUGCAGUAUAUACAGUAGUAACUGUGCUCAACACUACAUGAAAUAUCAAAGUGCUACAUGUUUAUACAUACGCUGUAUGCAACGACACAGAUCUGUUUCAGUAGAUUCACUGGAAGACAUGAUAAGUCUGGAUAAUUAAACAAAUAACUGGAAAUGAACAUGUAGGAACACUGACAGCUCUUAGCAUCUAAUGAUGAAAAUGUAACAAGUCCUUCACUCACUAUAUUUCAGGAAACACUGGAAUUGCUCACACUGUAUUCUUCUAACUGGAUAAAAUAAUGGUGCGAGAAUAAAUUUUCAAUUCAAUUAUCAAUUUUAAUGGCUCGAAAAUAAGGUUGAGACCAAGUUAAAUUUAUUUACACACAUUGCAGUGAAACAUCAACACUUAAACUGGACUGUAUGAUUUUCUUGAGAUCUUUUGAAUAUUUCCACCAAUAGCCUGAACGUUUUGAACUGUACAAUGAUUUCCUCUUUGUCAUGAUUCAUUGUCUUAUAGGCAUUCUCCAUUUCUCACCACUAUGGUUUUGCUCAUUUUGUGUAAGAAUGUGUUUUGAAUCCAUAUUUCACGUGUCAGUAUUCAGCAAGAUGUUGUGUCUCAAAUGUAAAAAGAAAAUAGGAAACAGCCAUCAGACAAACAUUAACAACACUGUUCACAACAUGAAGACACUGUACAAUUCUUUUAGUAUUAUGACUAUGACAAGUGGGUAUAGUGUGCUGUUUUUAGCUUAUUUAUAAUGCACUAGCUAGCAUAAUGAAACCGCUGUAGCACUUUUUGCACUGUAUAUAUGAAUUAUAUUUGCUCUAUUAAGGCUGGUUUCAAAUACUCUGGUAGAACUGAAUUAAAUGUAACUGUAUAUCUUAAUUUGUCCCUACCACUGAUCCUUUUUAUCUGAUGUGUUUUAUCAAAUUGUUUUUAUGGAUGAUAUUUUUGGUUGCUGUAUUAUCAACAAAAUCUAUUAACAUUUUCUUAUUGUAUCCCAGAAAUUACUGAUAAGCAUGAAAACACAAACACCAGUACUUUUCUAAUUUUAGCACAUUUCUAAGAGAAAAUGCCAUAACAAUUAAACUUAAAGCGGAGUAUUAUAAUAUCACUACUUUUUCUUUUUUAGCAUAUUUUAUAAUUGAAUUGUUUUUUUGCUUUUUGACAAAAAAUAUGCUGUAAUACUAUGAAUGCAUGCAAAUAAAUUUGUGAUUAUA